CCACCAUCCGGACGCGAACGCUAAUCACACCCGCCAGCGCAGACACAAGUCUCGUCGGCGUGUCCCUCAGCAGUCCGCGUCUGUUUCGGACGUCGGGAACCGUCGCGUGAGUCGUCCAGAGCGUGAAGAGGCGGAUCUCUUUUCAACCGGCGUAUAAUCGUCUGAAAUCAUGGCCCUCGCCCUCUCCGUCAGCGCGUCCGCCGCGUCCGCCAAGGUCGCCGCGCACCGCGCUCACGGCCUUAAGGCGUCUUCCAAGACCUCCGCGGUCGUCUUCCCCGCCAAGCGCGGUCGCCACGUCGUCCGCGCGGACGCGGUCGGCACCGAGAGGAACGGGGACGCGGAUGCCUCGGUGUCCAUCUCCGCGGCGCCCUCCGCGGUGAAUGGUACGCUCGCGACCGCCGGCGCGGUGCCCAGCAAGGAGGCUGCGCUGGCGAGGGCUCGCGAUAUCAUGGCUGCGGACCCCGCCGCCGCCACCGCGCUCUCCCUGGUCGGCCAGAAGGUCGACAUGAAGGUGUGCUUCUCCCUGCACUACGUGACGAAGCCUGGGGAGGACUUGUUCAUCAUCGGCUCGGACGAGCGCCUCGGCAACUGGGACCAGAACCAGGGCGUGGCCAUGACUUGGACCGAGGGCAACGUGUGGAAGUGCGAGAUGGACCUUCCCGCCGGCGGCGUCUUCUUCUACAAGUACCUCGUCAAGCUCCCGGGCAACGGCUUCAAGUGGCAGGAUGGCGCCAACAACCUGCUCGUCCUGCCCGAGCCCUGGGACGUCCCGGAGGGCGGGGUCUUCAUGGCGGACGACGACUUCGGUGGCGUCACCAGGGAGGCGCAGACGCAGCUCGCGGUGAAGCUCAUCUCGACGGAGAAGGAGAAGGUGCAGCUGCGGGUGGAGGCGAACAAGGCGAAGGAGAUGACCAAGGCUGCGCUCCAGGAGCUCCUCAUUGCGCGCGAAGAGCUGAACAAGGCGCAGGAGAAGCUCGCGGCGUACGAGGGUAACGUCCAGACGGCGUUCAACGGGCAGCUCAACGGGGGCGCGAACCAGAGGUGAUCGCCGUUAUUGCCUCGAUGAUGGAUGAUAAAAGUAGACGUACCUUUUCUUUUUCCGGGGUUCGAUCGCGUUGGCGCUGGAGGGUGAAACAAACAAUUGUUUGGCGGGUUUCCCUCCGCGGCGCGAUCGGCACACAGCUGUGCAUAAUCUGCAUGUAAUAAUUCAAGUUCUGUUUUUCGACA